AUGGCUCGCAAGUUUUUAACUGUACAGCAGGCAUUGGAUUACAUGGAAACAUUAGAUUCUGAUGAAUUCUCAGGAAUCUUAUUGCUUAGCGGAUACCAUUCAUUGCAGCAAGAGGAUUUAUACUGGAGUAAUGCAGAAGAUUGCAAUCUGCCCUUUAUACAAAAUGUCGUGAGCAGGCAAAGAUUUAGAGCCAUAAAAAAGUACAAUCAUUUAUGCAAUAAUGAUCAAAUUGAUACCGCCGACAAUUUGGCCAAAGUGAAAUGCUUUAUUGAGAUGUUUUGUAAGAAAUUGCAACAAUUUAGGACAUUUUCUGAAUACUUAAGCGUUGAUGAGGACAUGAUUCCUUACACAGGGAGACAUUCUGCAAAGAUGUACAUGCGAGGAGAACCCAUAAAAUUUGGUUAUAAAUUGAGGGCUCUUACUUCUUCACAAAGCUAUCCAUAUAGUUUGCAGGUUUAUGUGGAAAAAGAAACAACAGCUGAAUGCAAUAGACCCCUCGGAACAAGAGUCGUCUUAGAUUUGAUAGAACGUGUAGAAAACUGCCGAAGACAUAAAGUGUAUGUUGACAAUUUUUUUAACUCUCUGCCAUUGCUUGAAGAAAAGGGAAUUCCGUAUAACUGGAACGGUGAGAGAACAGACUUAAAGAUUGUCCUUUUGCAAGACAGUAAGAAUUUAGUGAAAAAAGAAAGAGGAACAUCUGUCUGCAUUACAACAAAGAGUGUUAGUGUUGUAAAAUGGAUAGACAAUAAAAUUGUAUGA